CCCGGAGGAGAAGGCUGUCCUCCGUUUUGCACACACACCGAGAGGCGGGCAGGUUGGAGAUAGUGCCGCACACAUACUGUAUAUGCCCUGGCCGGAGCUGCCACACAGCGGAGCACCGUGCUAUGGCUGUACGCCCGCCGACAGCCUCGUCUGCAUUCUGAAGACCCGAGAGCUUCCCCGCACCCGCACUAUGGGUUAGGUGGCCCGCCGCCCCUUGUGCGUGCGCUGCGCCCUGAGCCCUCCUCCCGCUGCUGCUGCUGCUGAGGGGCGGAAUUGGAGAGGAAGACAUAAUAGUGAGGGGGCGGGAGCCGGUGUUACAAUAUACAUUACACGCUGCUGCUGCAGUCCCCGGCUGCUGCUGCUGCUACUACACACCCCAUCAUUCUGCCUCCCAGCAGCAGCAGGGGGUCCGGGUGUCACAUACACGCUGCUGCUACUACUACUACUACUACACACCCCAUCUGGCCAUCAUUCAUCUCAGCAGCAGCAGGGGUGGCCGGCAGUGUGCUGCACACACACAGUGACUUGGGGGGAUAGGUGUGUUGCAGCACGCACACACAGUGUGUCAGUGCCAGGCUCAGUGUGACAGUACAUGUAUGUGUGUGGGGAGUGUGUGAUCCUGCACCCACACCCGGUGCCCGGCAGCUCUCCCCUAUGCUGCUGCCUCUGUGCAGAGUGACUGAGAUGUGACUUGUGCUGCUGUACCGCAAUGUUCCGUCUGCUCUGCAAUCGCCUGUGUCCCGGAGAAGAAAACCGUGUGGGAACACGUACUGUGUAUGUUGGACAUCGCCCAGCUUCGGAAACUGAUGCCUAUAUUGCACCUAAAUUCUGUGAUAACAGAAUUGUCUCAUCUAAGUACACUGUGUGGAACUUUGUCCCCAAAAACCUGUUUGAGCAGUUUAGAAGAAUCGCAAAUUUUUAUUUUCUUAUAAUUUUCUUGGUUCAGGCAAUUGUUGAUACACCAACAAGCCCGGUAACCAGUGGCCUUCCUCUAUUCUUUGUCAUCACAGUCACAGCUAUAAAACAGGGUUAUGAAGACUGGCUGCGGCACCGAGCGGACCAUGAGGUUAAUAAGAGCACCGUGUACGUUAUUGAAAAUUCUAAAUGUGUCAAGAAAGAGAGCGAGAAAAUCAAGGUUGGUGAUAUAGUAGAGGUGAGAGACAAUGAGACCUUCCCAUGUGACCUCAUCCUGCUGUCCUCCAGCUGUAGCGAUGGCACCUGCACCAUUACUACAGCCAGUCUUGACGGAGAGUCCAACUUCAAGACCUAUGUUGCUGUACGUGAAACCUCUGCUUUGUGCACUGAUGAAGCAGUGGAUGGGCUCUCCGCUACCAUUGAAUGUGAACAACCCCAGCCUGACCUUUACAAGUUUGUUGGACGAAUGAAUAUAUACGUUAAUCAAGAGAUUAAAGCAAGUUCUUUGGGACCUGAUAACUUGCUGCUGAAAGGAGCAACCUUAAAAAAUACAAGGAAGAUUUAUGGUGUUGCUGUAUACACUGGCAUGGAGACCAAAAUGGCUUUGAACUACCAAGGCAAGUCACAGAAACGGUCUGCUGUUGAGAAAUCCAUAAAUGCUUUUUUAAUAGUGUAUCUAUCCAUCCUGGUCUCCAAAGCAUCCAUAUGCACUGCUUUAAAGUAUAUAUGGCAAAGUAAUCCUGGCAACGAUGAGCCCUGGUACAACGAGAAGACUCGCAAGGAAAGAGAGUCAUUCAAGAUAUUGAAGAUUUUUACAGAUUUCCUGUCCUUCAUGGUCCUUUUCAACUUCAUCAUUCCUGUGUCAAUGUAUGUCACUGUGGAAAUGCAGAAAUUUUUGGGGUCUUUCUUCAUUGCGUGGGAUAAGGACAUGUACGACGAGGAUAUAAAAGAAGGCGCUCUGGUGAACACAUCGGACCUUAACGAGGAGCUUGGCCAGGUGGAGUAUGUGUUUACAGAUAAGACCGGCACUCUGACAGAAAACACAAUGGAGUUUAUUGAAUGCUGCAUAGAUGGCUACAAAUAUAAGGACUCUGGGGAUGAACUGACUGUAACUGAUAGUGCUGGAGUCUUUGGGAAAGCUUCCAAGGACAGAGAGGAGCUGUUCCUACGUGCUCUGUGCCUGUGCCACACUGUGCAGCUGAAAGAAGAGUCUCAGUGCGAUGGGCCUAUUGCCUUGUCAGAAAAUAAAUGUUCUUACAUCUGCUCUUCUCCUGAUGAAAUUGCUUUGGUGAAUGGAGCCAAAAAGUAUGGAUUUACAUACAUGGGAACGGAAAAUGAUUUCAUGAAGGUUAAAAACCAAAAUAAUGAGCUGGAAAUCUACCAGCUUCUCCAUGUGCUGAACUUUGAUCCAGUGAGAAGACGCAUGAGUGUACUUGUGAAGACAAGCGCAGGAAAGAUUCUCCUGUUCUGCAAAGGAGCCGAUUCUUCAGUGUUUCAUAGAGUGGCACGUGACGAGGUGGAUCGGAUUAAGGUGCACGUUGAGCAGAAUGCUCUGGAUGGUUAUCGGACUCUUUGUGUGGCGUGUAAAGAACUAAGCCAAGAGGAGUAUGAAAAAGUUAACAAACAUCUGACUGAGGCAAAAAUGGCUCUACAGGACAGAGAUGAGAAGCUGGCCAGAGUUUUCGAUGACAUAGAAGAUGACAUGCACUUACUGGGAGCCACUGCUGUGGAAGACAGGCUCCAGGAGCAAGCGGCAGAAACUAUUGAGGCUCUCCAUGCAGCAGGGAUGAAGGUUUGGGUGUUAACAGGAGACAAAAUGGAAACUGCAAAGUCCACAUGUUACGCCUGUAGGCUGUUCCAGAAUAACACUGAACUGCUAGAACUGACCACCAAAAAUUUGGAAGAGUUUGAAAGAAGAGAGGAUCGCUUGCAAGAACUUCUCUUGGAGUACCACCGAAAAUUGGUACAAGAUGCACCUAAAAUAAAAGGAAGCAGUAAAGGGAGCUGGUCAGAACACCAAGAUUAUGGGUUAAUAAUUGAUGGUUCAACACUAUCUCUCAUAUUAAAUUCCAACUGCAGUUCCAGUCAUUACAAAAUUAUAUUUCUGGCAAUUUGUCAGAAAUGUACAGCGGUCUUGUGUUGCCGUAUGGCUCCACUGCAGAAAGCACAGAUUGUUAAAAUGGUAAAGAAUACCAAAGGGAACCCAAUCACAUUAUCUGUGGGAGAUGGAGCAAAUGAUGUCAGUAUGAUUUUGGAAGCACAUGUUGGAAUAGGUAUUAAAGGAAAGGAAGGUCGCCAAGCGUCAAGAAACAGUGACUAUGCUGUACCAAAAUUUAAGCACUUAAAAAAACUCCUUUUAGUUCAUGGACAUUUGUAUUAUGUGAGAAUAGCGCACCUUGUACAGUAUUUCUUUUAUAAGAACCUGUGCUUCAUUUUGCCACAAUUUUUGUAUCAGUUCUUUUGUGGAUUUUCACAACAGCCACUUUAUGAUGCUGCUUACCUGACAAUGUACAACAUCUGCUUUACCUCACUGCCGAUCUUGGCCUACAGCCUGCUGGAGCAACACAUCAGCAUUGAAACCCUCAUCGCCAAUCCUAAAUUAUAUAUGAGAAUAUCUGACAAUGCGAUGUUGCAGUGGUUGCCUUUCUUAUACUGGACUUUACUGGGGGCUUUUCAGGGACUGGUAUUUUUCUUUGGAGUUUACCUGUUAUUCCAGAAUCCAUUAUUGGAUGGCAAUGGGCAGGUAUUUGGAAACUGGUCUUUCGGAACAAUAGUGUUCACUACAUUAGUGUUUACAGUUACUUUAAAGCUUGCAUUAGAUACACGAUACUGGACAUGGAUGAACCAUUUGGUGAUAUGGGGUUCAUUGGCGUUUUACGUUAUCUUCUCAAUAUUUUGGGGAGGUAUAAUUUGGCCAUUCCUCAAGCAGCAGCGAAUGUACUUUGUAUUUUCUCAUAUGCUGACAUCUGUGUCCGUCUGGCUUGCAAUAAUUAUCCUGAUUUUUGUCAGCCUGUAUCCUGAAAUAUUACUGAUACUUCUAAAAAACCUUAAGAAUGCAAGCCAAAAGAAAUUACAGCUCAUGAUGCCAAUGCUGGUUUCCUACAAAAACAUGGAGAAUGGGUGCGUCUCUCACAUGAUAACUGAGGAAUACAAAUUGAGCCCUUUGUUGAAUUCUCACCUUUACCAAUGAAAUAAAUGAUUGCACUGUGCAAUGCCAACCACUACUGACUGACAAUGUAACUUUGAAAAUAGCCCCCUUACACAUACACAUACACACACUUCUUUUAUCUAUAGGUUGCACAUGCCUGAGCUUUUAUCUGUGACCAGAACAAAUAAUGACGCCAGGAACCCAAAAGUCCACAAGACGGCACUAACAGAGUACAGGACCCCAGCUGUGCACAGCGCCUACACGCGCCUACUCUGUACUUGCUGCAAAGACUUCUGCUUAUUCAGGCAAUGCUGCUUUUUUCAGAUUGAACUACUUGCCUCAAUAUCUUGGACUGGUGCAUGAGCUGUAUACAAUAUCUUCUCAUAUAUGCAAAAGUAUUACACAUCCCUUGACAUGUAAAGAUGUGUAUUCCGCUAUUCUUUUUUUAUCAUUAUUUUUAAUCACGAGAAGAGAGUUUAUGACAGACUAACCAUGCAUGAUUACACUGAUGAUACCUUUUAGUUAUCUAUUUUUCCAUAUAUUGUGCCUGAGUCAGAGGUGCAUGCAGUGUCAAAGUAGGACACAGUAAAGCCAUCUUUUGCCACUGUGCAUGUGCCAAAGCCGCACUGUGCACGAGCAGCAAAUGAUUAGCGAUUGCAGACACACACACAGUGAGUGACAAGUAGUCAGCGUUUGGGGGAGGUAGCUGGGUUUGUCUAGAAAAAUGCUGGUGUGCCGGGAACACUUUCUGGGCGUUGCCUAGUCAGCUACUGCCAAGUCGUUCACAACCGGAGAGAGGUCCUGGGGUCUUAGGAGAGGCGCUCUGCUGGAGACAGCAUAGGAUUCCACAGAGGUCCAACGGUCUGACUGAAAUGCGCCCGAUGUUUCCGCUUAUGUACGUGAGUGGCAGAUGUGAGACGCCGGCAGUGGCCGACUGUGCACAAAACCGCGGCUAAGUCAUUAGCAUAAGUUCUAGAAAACCCUGCGACUAAACAAAAUUGCAGCUGCGCUUGCAACUGUGUGUACCUCUGGGUCAGACCAUUUGCUAGAUCAGUUUAGUAUGCAUUAUUGACAUUGUAUUUCAAAAUACAUCUAAUCUUUUCUAUAUUAUUAUAUAUAAUCAUAACAUUUUUAGAAAAUGUCAUCUGUUUCUUUUUUCCCCAGUGUUUUUAUAUCUGCUGUCAACAUUCCAUAAUGCCUUUUAUGUAUUACUGUGCUAUUGAUUUUGUGUAAUUCCAGGUAUUUUUUAUUAUUAUUAUUUUUUAAUCUGUGCUGAAAUGCAGUCUUUUAUAUGUGAACGUGGGCGUAUCGGCACUGAUACAGUAAUGAGGUGCAUUGUUCUCACCUCCUAUGGAGAGGUUCUGAGCAACGCACUGAAGGUUGCUAGAAUUUGUCACAUUUAUAUGUGGUUUGUUAGACUGCUCUGAAAAAAUAUAAACUAUUUAUUUAAAAAAACCAUAUAUUUUUUUAUUGGCUCUCAAAACAGAGCAGCAAAGAAAAUGCAAUUUGACUAAUUGGCGCACAUCUGAAUUAAAUAGUUCUAUUACACAACCUUUUUUCAGAAUGCACAAUAAACGCACAAUAAAGUUUGUGUUUA